AUGGCAAAGAAGACCAGACCUGAUCACGGAGAAAGACCGUCGAUGAAACAAACAUCAGUCAACAUCAAAGCAAGUCAACUUACAAGGAGACUCAGCGUGCAAGAUCGGAUUAAUCUCUUUGAGAGCAAACAGAAGGAGAAUUCAAACUCUGCUGCAGGAAACAAACCUGUGGUUGCUGUUGCUGUUGCUAAAUCCACAGAGUUGAGGAGACUUUCUUCUGAUGUCUCAUCAGAUGCUCCUGCAUUCCCUGAGAAGUCUGUUUUGAGGAGAUGGAGUGUUGUUAGUGACAUGAGCUUUGAUUUCACAUCGGAUAAUAAUAAGAAGUUUGAUAAUAGUAGCACCGACGAAGGUCCCUCAGGUGCACCACCAUCAUCUGUUAAUCUUGAUGCCACAGUGCAAGAAGAGUCUAAAGAGAUUAGUCAAAAGGGUGAUGACGAUGAUGAUGAUGAUGUGUGUUCUACUAAAUGUGAUGAUUCUCAAAACCAGACUGAUGGUGGUGAUUUCAAGCAGAGAGAAGAGGAAAGCUAUGUAUCCAAGUCUCAGAAUGUGCCUCAAUCAUCAGUCGUGUUUCCUUAUCGACACUCCCGAUCUCGAUCAGCUCAUAUACCAACCGGACUUGAUAUCAAAAGUGAUGAUCUUCAUUCAAAAGGCGGGAAGAAAGAGAUGUUUCCAACAGCCUUAACAACCUCUCCAAAACCAGCUUCUGCAGGGCCUGAACAGAGACAAAAGCCAUCUGGUGUAGAGGAUGAUCUUGUGAAUGCAGAUUCAGCUGUUAAAAUCAACAGUAACAGAGUUCGUGCAACAUCUGUGGAUCAAAUGCAGAGGACAAGAAUGUCAAGGGAAAGACCUCAAGGAGCUAACGACGAGUUGAAAAUCAAGGCAAAUGAUCUUGAGAAGAUUUUCGCUGAGCAUAAACGACGAGUUUCUCGGGAAGAUCACUCAGCUGGGGAUGAUGAUGAGAAAGACAACGGCAACGUUGCAAUGCGUCGGAAUCUAUCUGAUUUAAGUUAUUCAGAUGGCUCUAAAGGGAAGUUGUACGAGACGUACAUGAAGAAAAGAGACGCAAAACUGAGAGAAGAAUGGAGUUCGAAAGAAACCAAGUUGAAGUCAAUGCAAGAAGCGCUUGAGAGAAGCAGAACCGAGAUGAAAGCUAAGUUCUCUGCUGCUUCCGAGAAGAAGCAAGAUUCCAUAUCAAGCACACGGCAACGAGCAGAGAAAUUCAGAUCUUUUAACGCUCGGUCAAGUUUGAAAAAGUAUCAGAGCGAAGAAGAAGACGUGAAAGAGAAGCCACAAUCUGUUGGAAAGAGUGCUUCAAGAAGCUCCUCCCAAGUCAAAAAGGCUCCAUCACCAAACCGGAGCUCCAGAGUCUCGAAACCAUCAGGUAAAGUUUCAAACACUAACAUUACUUCUUCCGGGAGAGGGAGAAGAACAACAGAGAUGAUGAUAACUCCGGUUGCACAAUCUUCUGUUCCUAGUUUCUCUGAUCUUAAGAAAGAAAACACAAAACCAUCUUCUUUAGCUGUCAGAAAUGCUCCUAUGAUGCGAACACAGGUGAGAGGUAGUGGUAACAAGAAGACCACAAAGGAAGACACACCGUCUCCUGCUAAGCCUCGAAGGCCAAGAUCGUUAAGGAAAAGCUUCUCCGCGAGCAUUGAAUUCACAGAGUUGACACCUCUCUACUCUGAUGAUAUGAUGAACAAGGAGAGGAAUCAGAAACAGAACUCAGACGUUGAUGAUGUGCCAGAGAACUUGAGGAAUGAGGAGUUUGAAGAAACUGACUCUGAAGCAGAAGAAGAAGAAGUAGAAGAGAAAGAAGUUGUGGAGAGUCCUGUCAAAGAAGAAGAGGAAGCUAGAGAAAUUGAGACUUUAGUUGUUGAGGACGAGAAGCCUUCACUUGAGAACUCCUCAGAGGAUGAAAAUGUGACUUCUCAGGUAGACUUACCGGCGAGAGCUCUACCUUCAGCGUUUCAGCAUAAUGUUGGCUCUUUGAUGGACUCACCAAGUGAGAGUCCUCUCUCUUGGAACUCGAACUUGCAGCACGCAUUCUCUUAUCCGCACGAGCAUUCGGAUGCUGAUGCUUCAAUGGAUUAUUCUCCCAUGGGAAGUCCUGCUUCUUGGAGCUCAAGAAUGAGGAAGAAAUGGGGAACAACAGCUCAGAGUCCUGUUCUUGUUUCCAACUCUUCUUCUCCGCUCCAUUCUCGGAAGGAUCUAACGAAAGGGAUCAAACGUUUGCUGAAGUUUGGAAAGAAAACUCGUGCUGCAGAUAGUCUGAUGGAUUGGGUCUCUGUAACGACAUCUGAAGGCGAUGAUGACUCUGCUUAUCGAUCAUCUGAUGAGUUGAGGAAGUCAAGAAUGGCAUCGUCUCAGAGUCAGCUUUCUGAGGAUGAACAAGCUUCAAACAACUCGAUGCAUCAAGGGAGCUUUAAAGUGAAAGAUGGUGAAUUUAAGCGAUCAUUCUUCUCACUUUCCACAUUUCUUAGCAAAGGAAACGACUCCAAGCCAAGAUAA